AUGAACCACGUGGACCUCUGCGUCGCGCUCGACAUCGUUGACUUGAAGAGGGGCGCCGCGGCCGCCGGUGGGAGGGGCUACUACCUCAGGAAGGAAGGCGCGGCGCUGAACCGCGCGCUGGCCAACUUCGGCAUCGAGUUCCUGCAGCGGCGAGGCUACGAGGAGAUCGACACGCCGCACAUGAUGACGAAAGAAGCCAUGGGCAAGUGCGCGCAGCUUUCCCAGUACGACGAGGUGCUGUACAAGCUCGAGGGCGAGGGCAAGUACUUCAUCGCCACGUCGGAGCAGCCUCUGGUGUACUACCACCAGGGCGAGCAGCUCCGUCCCGACCAGCUGCCGAUCCGGUACGUCGGCUUCUCCACCUGCUUCCGGAAAGAAGCCGGCUCGCACGGGCGCGACACGGCCGGCAUCUUCAGGACGCACGAGUUCCAGAAGGUCGAGCAGUUCUGCAUCACCGCCCCGGACGGCGACGCCUCGUGGGAGAUGCACGAGGAGAUGAUCAGGAACGCGGAGGACUUCUACACGGAGCUCGACAUCGCCGGCCGCGUCGUCAACGUCGUGUCCGGCGCUCUGAACAACUCGGCGGCGAAGAAGUACGACCUCGAAGCGUGGUUCCCGGCGUCGGGGACGUACCGGGAGCUCGUGUCGUGCUCCAACUGCACGGACUACCAGGCGAGGAGGCUCGGGAUCACGUAUGGCCAGAGGAAGGACGGCGAGAGGUGCAACAGGUUUGUUCACACGCUCAACUCCACGCUGACCGCCACGCAGAGGACCCUGUGUUGUAUCCUGGAGACGCACCAGGACUCCAGGAGGAGGGUGGUGUUCGAGUGCCCGAGGUGCUGCGACCUUCCAUGUCUGGGAUCGACUUCAUUCCGUUCAAGAAGCCUCUGGAUCGCCAUGGCGGACCUGCUCGCUCCAAACCAAAGAGAAGGUCUAAACCAAAGAGGUCUAAAUGAAAGAGUACUGAUGAAUUGGAUGAGGAUCGAGUCGUAA